UUUGUGAUUUGUUUUAUUUAAGCAUUUUAUAUAUUAUUUCACCAAUUUAAUUGUUUCAAUUGAAAUAAAAUAAAACAUUGUGCCUGCAUAAGUAUAAAACUGGAAAAAAUUUGUGUAAACAAUUUAAAAGAAAGCCUUUUUAUAAUGGCAUUUCGCAACAGUGGCUCAAUUGAGCAAAUGGAUUCAAGUAUCGAAAUGCGUUCUCCCUCUUCGCCUGUAUGUGCUAUAUUGCCAAGAAAACUACGUUUUGCUUCACCUAGCAAAGAUGAAGACGAAGAGGCGGAAGAAUCAUCGAAAGUAAUUGUCAAACAAAAAUUUAAUUUAAGAAGAAAUAUACUUGAUAGUGAUACAACAACAAAAACCACACAAAAGUCUGAGACACCAACAACAAUGUCUAUAUCACCACCCUAUCGUAAAGUAAGAGCAUUAAGACUAUUCGAUACGCCUGCUACACCUAAAACAAUUUUGGAGAAAUCAUCUGGUAAAUGUUUAAAUCAUCUCUCAGCGGUGGCUGCUGCAGAUGUGACCAAAAGACAAGAAUCCUUAUUUCUAAAGACAGUAGAAAGACCGCGUUCUCUGCCUUUGCAUAAUAGAACAUUGGAUCAUGUCAUGCAACAGCAAACGGCUAAUGUAAAUCCCUUUACACCAGACAGUUUAAUGGCCCACAAUAAGAAACGUUGUCGUACACAAUUUGGACGGGAGAAUCUAAGUAAUAGAUCAUUGCAAUUGUUUCUCAACAGUGACGAGGACUUAGUCAACGAUUGUGAACAAGCGCCAGAAAUGCAUCAAGCACCAAAGCGUUUAGCUUUGCAGGAUACAAACAUUAGUCGCUAUAAAAAAGAAUUUGUUGAGUUAUCAGUAAUUGGCAUUGGAGAAUUUGGUAUGGUAUAUCAAUGUCUCAAUCGCCUAGAUGGUUGUAUUUAUGCCAUUAAAAAGAGUAUUAAACCAGUAGCCGGUAGUUCUUUUGAAAAACAAGCUCUUAAUGAGGUUUGGGCACAUGCGGUAUUGGGUAAACAUGAUAAUGUUGUGCGUUAUUAUUCCGCCUGGGCGGAAGAUAAUCAUAUGCUUAUACAAAAUGAAUAUUGUAAUGGUGGCAGCUUACAAAGUCUGCUACAAAAGCGAUCUCUGGUCGAAUCAGAAUUAAGAAUCUUACUCUUACAUGUGGCCGAAGGUUUACGUUAUAUACACUCCAACGAUUUGGUACAUAUGGAUCUGAAAUCGGGCAAUAUAUUUCUAACAAAAGUACCAUCAGUACAUAAAACAUCAAUGCCUCCUUUGACCAAAGAAUGCUACGAAACCGGUAUGGAUGGCAUCUAUGAAGAACUAAGCAAUUCCGAAUGGUUGAUUACAUACAAAAUUGGUGAUCUGGGACAUGUGACGUCGGUCAAUGAACCCUGUGUGGAGGAGGGAGAUUGCCGCUAUUUACCUAAGGAAAUUUUAGAUGAUGAUUUUUCAAAUCUCUUUAAGGCUGAUAUAUUUUCACUGGGUCUAACGUUAUAUGAAGCGGCUGGUGGUGGACCGCUACCAAAAAAUGGACCCGAAUGGCAUGAUCUAAGAGAUGGCAAAGUACCGGAUAUACCAACAUUAAGUCGAGAAUUUAAUGAUCUAAUUAAAGUGAUGACUCAUCCAGAUCCUCAGAAAAGACCAUCAUCUACAUCAAUUUUUAAUCAUUCCGUUUUAAAUUCUUUGGAAUCUAAGAGCAAAGCUCAACUAAGCCAGGAAUUAACUAUAGAAAAACGUAAAAAUGAAAUAUUAUUACGAAAACUAAGGGAAGCACGUAAAACUAUUAAAGCUUAUGAACAUAAUGCGAAAGGCAAUCAUUCUAGUUUUAAUAGUCCUCAAAUGAUGUCAGAUCAACGUUGCUUACGUUCAUGUACACGCAAAAAGCGUACGCCUUGUCUAAAUUCCAAGAUGGAUAGUCUUCGUGAUCGCAACAAAAAUGUUAUUAAUAAUCUAAAAUAUUAAUUUGUUAUUUCAUUAUAAUUAUGUAUGUGUGUUUUCUUUUUUUUAUUUUAUUUUUAUUAUUAUUUUUAUUAUUUUGCUUUACUAGUUUGUAUGUUUUAAAUCAUUUAAUUUCAUUAAAUAAUAUAAAUUGUGAAAUUUGUCUAACAAACGUUAUUCCAAUCUCCCCCUCUCUCACUCUCUCACACAGUAGUCCUUAAUGCAAGAACCGCUUUUAUUAUUAAUUAAAAUAUAAGUAUCUACUCUUUAUGCACUUUGAAGUUUUGUAUUCGAAGUAUUAUGUUUUUUUUCUUGUAAUAUUUUUUUUUUUGCUUUUUUAUUAUCAAAAUAAAAUUUAAUUUCAAUGGAAAAACACAUCCUGUAAAUAAGAAAAUAUAUAAUAUUUUUUAAUAGUAAUUAAUACAGUAUUUAUAUUUAUUUCUUAAUGCUACACUUUGUUUACUGUUAACACUUUUUAUAAUAAAAAUGUUGCACUACUUUAUUCGUAACGAA